CGCGUUCCAACGAAGAGCACAAUAAUUACCCAAACAACCAAAUCACUUCCAACUCCUUCCUCAUCAUCUCACUCCAUUCCUCUCUCUCUCUCUCUCUCUACAAGCUGUCACUAAGCUAAAGCUAUAAAUUUCAAAUUCAUCUCAACGAAUCUCAUUUAUUUCGUUAAACAUAACAGUCCAAACAAAUUCAAAUUCUCCUUACACGUUUAUGCUCCAAUUCGAAAAUCAAUGGCGACGAACAAGAUCGAACGCGGUCACCAGAUGUACCGUGACGGACUCUACAAAGAGGCGUUAGCGUUUUACACGGACGCUAUUGUUAUGGCAAAGACGAAUCCUCAGAAGAUCGCUUUGCAUAGUAAUCGUGCUGCUUGUUUUCUUAAGCUUCAUGAUUUUAAAAAGGCAGCAGAAGAAUGUACUUCGGUGCUUGAGCUUGAUAGCAAUCACAGUGGAGCAUUGAUGCUGAGGGCUCAAACUCUGGUGACACUGAAGGAGUACCAUUCAGCACUUUUUGAUGUCAACAGACUCUUGGAGUUGAAUCCAUCCUCAGAAGUCUAUCAAAAUCUUCAUGCUCGCUUGAAGACACAGUUGUCACUUGCUCCAAUACCAGAGUCAGAAGAGGAGUUCGAGGAACAUGAAGAUGAGAUGGACAAGGCGAUGCUAGAAAGAGAGGAAAGGAAGGAAGAAAUGGGACAGAAACAUGCAGCAGCUUCUAAUGUUAGGAAAGAUCUAAAGGGUCAGCUUGGCAAAGGUGUUAUCAAUAUUGAAUGUGGUCCAAAACAAACAGACCCCAGGUUUUCAUCCAAAUUGGGAAGUGACCAAAACUAUGAGACUUGUAGGUCGACGACAGAGCAUACAGUUCCUAAAGCACAAAACAAGGAAUCAUCCAAGCAACAAUCCAAAGCAUGGACAACAAUUCCAAAACCAAAAGGACAUUCAGCUUUGGACUACGCUCGGUGGGACAAUGUAGAAGAUGAUUCUAGUGAAGAUGAGGAUGAAGAUGAUGAAUCUUUACCACAGUACCGUUUUCGUGUAAAAACAAUUGGUGUACGUCCUGUGAAAUGAGAGGUUUCUAAUAUGAGGUACCUAGAAAUGGCUGUUUUGGUCCCUUGUGAACAUAAACCGUGACCUCUGAUGGACAAGAAUGGACUGGUUGAAAUAGCUCAAUCAUGUUAUCAACUUGAAGAUCUACGAAUCCUAGGGGAAGUACUUCUACCUGAUGAUUUGGCUGUCAACGUGGAUUCCCUCCGAAGCUACCAACAUUCACAUUUUAGUUAGUUUGCAUAUUUUGUGAAUAGCAAGUUUAUCACCAUGCCUGCUGAGGCCCAUAUAUGGUGCUCAAUGGAUUUGAGAUUCUAUUUAUUUCUUAAAAGAAAUGGAGAUGUCUAUUAGUAAAGUUAUAAAUAUAUGUGCAUUUAUAUCUCAAGUGUACUAAUGAACAUCUUCACUUCUCUUAUAGAAAUCUCAACUCGUGAUGAAUACCAUUACAUCACAUUGUGAGACAACUGGUUAUUUAUUUUUUGACAAAUAUAUGGUUUUUUCUUCA